AUGACCCACAGCCCGCACACGCCGCUCCCGCUGUCGACGCGGCUGGCCGAGGUGCGCGCGGCGGCUCCCGACGUCUUUGCGGAGCUGCCACUGCCGCUGCAGCCGAGCCUGGCGUCACCGUGCUGGCGUCGCAACGAGACGAGCCGCUUGCGGUGCCUGCCCGCCUUCUUUGUCGCCGGCGCGCUGCAGUCGGGCACGGCCGACCUGUGGAGGCGGCUAAAGGCACACAGCCUCAUCCCCAGCCGGCACGAUGCGCUCUCGCACUGGUGGACCAACCACCCGCGCUCGCGCGCGGGCAACUUUGAGACGUACACGAGCCGCUUCUCGGGCGACGCCACGCUCGCUGCCCUCGACGCCGCGCCCGACUCGCUCCUCGGCGACGCGUCUCCUGCCUCCUUCACCUUCAUGUUUGCCGAGUCGCUCCGGCUGCACUAUCGCUACCUCGAUGCCUUUGACGCGUGCUACCGAGAGUGCAAGGCGAACCCUCCUCAACGCGGCGCGCCCUCCGCCUGCGCCAACCGCAAGAAGGGCUCCGACGGCGGGUACCGCGCCGACCACUGCUACGGCCGCGCCACCGCCGCAACCUCGCCGCUUUCCUUCAACCUGCCCGCUUUCGCCACGACGUUGCUGCCGGCGCUGCGCGUCGUCGGGAUGUACUCCGCCUUCCUCCCCGAGUGGCAAGCCUACUUUGCGCCCGAGCGGCUACUCGUCCUGCCGUCGAGCGAGCACUUUGCUCGCCCGAUGCGGUCGACCCGCCUCGUGUGGCGCUGGCUCGGGCUGAGGGAGGCGUCGCAGCAGGAGGAGGCGGACGCGCGGCGCGUCAAGGAGGGCGACGAGCUCGAGCAGACCGUGCGCAGGCACGGGGAGGCGCCGGCGCACCACUCCCGCGCGGUGCGCGCCUUCUACGCGCCCUUCAACCGCGAUCUCGCCGAGGCGCUCGACGACAGGCGCUUCUACCGGGGGAAUUGGGGCGCGCCGUCCUAA